UUUACCUUAUUUUUUUUAGAAUUAUGAGUAUUUUAGGUGAAAAGUUAUUUAUUCUAUAAAUCUAUCGUAAAUAUGUUUAUGGACAAGAAAAGAUUCAAGAAUGAAACCAUUUGGAUUUUGUUGCUCCUUGGAUCGCUUCGAUCCUCUCUCGAGAUACGAUCAACAAAAACCACCCUACAAAUCUUCAUUACCUGCAAUAACUUCUGUGCACGAAUGUCCAGUAUCCAAGAUGCAAAUGAAAUUUUUUACACCCCGAUUCACCCGAGAAAAGAGGAAGUUAAAGGCAUCAGAGGUGGAAGAUUGGCAACAAUCAAAGAAUAGGAAAUUGAUUUAUUCUCGAUUAGAUAAAAAUGAUCGUUUUAUAAAAUGGUAUCUAGAAGAUGAAAUUGCAUUGGCAAAAGAUAUGUUUUGGACAGAAAAACAAAGAAUUUAUAAUGAGACAAGCGACAAGACAAUGAAGAUUGGAAAAAAAAAAUUUAAAAUCAACAUGGAAACAUUAUUGAAUCUAAAGUAUCCACGAUGGUAUCAAGACUUUUCUCUGGCUCAAAUGAAGAAUUUAAUAAAUUUGGAAAAUGUGAUACGCGCCGAUUACGAAAAGACAAAAACAGAUGGCACACAAACAACAUUAAUAGCUAUUGGCAUUAUUUCAACAUUUUUUAAAUUAAAGCCGAAUAUUAUAUGUGAAUUACAUAAAUCAUGCAAUUUGAAUAGUGUUGAUUUUUUGCGAGAAAUUUAUAGAAUAUUGACAGGAAAUGAUUUUUACAAGGAGAAAUAUAAAAAAUUUUAUGACUGUAAUGAAAGAAUAAUAUUAUCGGCUAUUGCAUUUUUAACACUGCCAGAAACAUUAAAGGAAUUGCAUAAGAGAUUGCCAGCAAUGAUCAUGCCAAGUUUGCCGCCAAAACCGAAACCACCAGUAUGUCUGGUAAGGCAGAAAAAUAGUUGCCCUUAUAAGGAAGAAUUAUUUAAACGUCCUGAUUGGGUCAGUUAUCGAAAUGCUUUGCAGAAAUGGCAGAAGCAGUACAAAUUAUUGAUAAUUCCGAAAAUAAUCUUAUUCAAGCAACACAAUCAGUUUUUUAUUAAUGAUGAAAUACUAUCUGAAAUUAGAAAGCAAAGAAAAGACAUUUGUACUAACUAUCUUGAAAAAACCAGUACAAAGGAUUUGCAAAAGAGUUCCUCUACUAAGUUUGAUGCAAAAGAUACAAUGAAUAUUGAAGAAAUAACAUAUGAAGAUGAAAAUUUCUCAAAACAGGAAAAUUUAAAAACGGGAAAAUCCUCUCCUAAUAUUUAUGGAAUGUUAGAAGAUAGUAAAAAAUUUGAUUUUAUAGUCGACAAACUUACUGGAAAACCAGGAACUAUGGAAUACAAAAUUUGUGGACCAAAACUACCAGGAGGAAACCAAAAAAAAUCCUGGUUGGGCGAGAAGAAUGCUCACUACAUAAUAGCUGGUGCGUCUUUACAGGAUAAAAGUCCAUCGAGUUGUCCUGUAACUUAUGAGAUCACUGGCAUGGCUAAUGUGACACCCAGUAAUAGCGACGAAAAGUUCUUUGCAAUGCUGAAUCUUGAUGAUAAACCCAAAAAGAUCUUUCCCACUGGUAGAGAAAAUUUGUCAAGAAAAUGGCAGGACUGGCUGCAAAAUGCUGAUGAGGAUUUUAAGCAGAUGGAGGAAAAAGCUGAUGAAUUGAUGAAAAGUAUACAGACUACCAUGAAAUUGGUGUUUCCUGGACCUGUUUGUGACAGUUGUUGCUCAUGUCGACAGACUCGAAAGACUGACGAGAAAUUACAACAAAGCAGAACGCCGAUUGACAAUAGAGUGCAGAAUAACGAAAAAAACAAGUACGUCACAAGAUCCAUGACAAUGCAUUCUCCAGAGCCGACAACAGGGUCGCCAAUCAACUUAACUGCUUUGCAGAAUGAGAUCAAGACAAAUAUCAUUAUCAAUGGUGUUACCAAAGAAAACAACCAAACUCAAUACUAUAUAUCAGGUAUUCAGAGGGACAACAUGCACGUAUUAUCGCAAAUAUCCGAUUUUACAGCAUCUCAAUUAGUCAGAAAUGUUCCAUCUUGUUCAUGCGCUAUUAAACGAAUGACCAAGGAUGUAAAUUCUUCUAUUAGCGAAGAUGACAUUCCUUGGACAAAAGACACAAGAUUGUGCAUUGGAAAGAAGUAUAGACCAUACGAGAUAGGUGCAUAUUCCUGCAAAACAUAUCCUGAUGAUAAAUCAUGUAGACAUAAUCCUUUUAUGAAAGAGAUAAUAAGGAUGGAGAGGGACAAAAGAGAAAAAGAAAAAAGAAAAGCAGAAAAAGAAAAAGCAGAAUCUGUCGAAGUGGAAAUUCAAGCUGCAACGAAGAUAGAAGAGAAAAAGAAAGAUAAAUUCACUCCCAAUCGUGAUUAUUGUGCUUAUGAUGAUCCUUGGAACAUAUUACGCACUGCCCCCUCGAAAAUAAUAGAAACAGAUUAUGAGAAAACCUUGAAAUUGACUUCCCCAGCAUUGCCUGUGACUUCAUCAUUAAAUAUGCAAAAAAGAGAAAAAGAUAUCUCUUUCUUACAAGAAUUAAAGAAAGUUGAAGAUAAUAGUUUACAUAAGGAAAAUAAUGAAGAAAUGUCUGAAAUCUCCUUAGAAUUAUCAAAGAAGCUUAAAGAAAAAAAUACAAAAAAGAGAGAACGAAAAAAUAUGGAAAAGAAAAAAGAAUGGAUACCAAAGAAGGUAACAGUUACCAAGAAUAGCUCAAAUUUUUCAAGUAAAAUUUCUAAAUCGAUAUGCGGAACAAAAAAAAAGCAACGAACAAAAUUAUCUUUAUUAUUUCACAAACCAGUUAAACAAUCCAAUAAAAUUGAUAAAUUAUCUAAAUAUGGCUUUAUAAAAAAAGACAAAAAGAAUGUGAUGGAUGAAACUAAACAACUCGACAAUCGCAAACAAGAAAUGGCGAGAUUAAAGAAUAUGUUCAAAUCUUUUGCAAUUUUAGAUAAUAUUCAACCGGCGAUUCUCCCGGAAGAAUUGUUGGCAACUAGUCGACGUGAUCCAAAAGAGAUAAUGGUUGAUUCUUCUGUAGAUGAAGAGAGCCGUGUUAUCAGUAAGGAACCUUAUGGUUGGAGAACAAAAUCAGAACAGGAACUUCCAGCAAAAAAGACCUUGACUUAUCUCUGCGAACCAGAUUAUCCUUUGGAAACGAUAGCGGUUCGUCCUGGGGGACGACCGUGUCAGUGUAGGGAAAACAGAAACAAGAAGAAAAUUCUUAUGUAUAACGUGAGUGGUCUAGUGGAGAAGAAAAAAGAUGGGAGAGGAACUAAGAAGACGAAAAUGGAGGAGGAGAAUAGAAUUAUCGAUGGUGUUCUUUAUUUCACACCACCUGUCAGUCCCCGAAGAAGUGAUGAAUACAUCCCGGAAUAUGAUCUUCUCGAAUCGCCAUAUGAUAUGUGCAUUAAUGACGUUACAGAUGAAAGAUUGAAACUAAUAGAAAGAUAUUCUGGUCCCAAAAGUCUGAUAAAGAAGAUACAGAAGAAAUCAAAAUCAUGCAAUUGUAGCAACGGUAUAAAGGAAGAAAAUCAUUUCAUACAUCAGAAAAAAAAUAUUGCAGAAACUCGACGGAAAUUGAUAGAAUCUAAAUUGCCAGAGGAAAGAUGGAAAAUAGCAUUGAAAGAUGCAGCAUUGAUGGAUUACUUUACACAGCACAAGAAUAAUGCUCCUUGCUGGACACCUUGUAAGAAGUUUGCUCGAAAUUCCAGGCCUCGCAAAUUAAAAGUUGUGAAGCCUGUGUGCGAAUGUAAAUAUGAAAGAAAAAUCGUGGAACGAGAUGAAGAGAGAACUAAAUGGAGCACACGCCAAAAAAGAUUAAAGACCUUAAAAAAGCAGCCUUUCAUGUAUAUUGUCGACAUUUCCAGGCCGAUGAUAGAAGACACAAAAUUCAUCAUUUCAGGAGUAAAGACGUUGUCGCAGGAAGACAAUAAAGAGAAUAUCAAGUAUUGUAUAUCGGAUGUGGCAGAAAAUGUUUCUAUGUUGUCACUUCCUCAGCAGAUAAUUGAUGGUUUGAAAAUGUCAACACCUUUCCAAACACCAGAGCCGAGCAGGGAAGACAUUUUACAAGCUGUUGCUCCGCAUCGACAUUGGUCACCGACAAAUAUUUCUCCAGGUCCAUUACCGAGGAAAGACACUGCGUUAAAGAAAGAAAUAGAGCGUAGGAAGAAAGCCAGAGACGAAGCAUUUAGGUUGAUUUAUGGAGAUAACAAUGAACAAGAUAUAUCUUGUUUACAUCAUAGUUACCAAGAAGUUUGUGACGAAAAGAAAUUAAUGCUGUGCCAUGAGAUGAAGGAAAAUCAUAUGAAUGUGGAGGACAAAACGCCUAAAAAGAUAAUAGAAUCACAGUCACCAAGCAAAAAAAUUAACAAAAUAAAACAUCGCAAAGAUAUAUCCCAUACAAAUGUUACUAAUGAAGUAUUUUAUGAAAAGAAAAAAUAUUUGGAAGAAGCUACUGAUGAGAUUGCGCAACAAGAUGUAUCAUAUAAACAAAUAAUUGAUAAGACAGACAAGAAAAUUGAUGACGAGAUGCAUCUGAUAAAUGACAAUAAGAAACAUAUGGACAGCAAAAUAGAUUUUAUGGCAAUAAUAAAGGCUGAAUUGAAAAAAAUGGCUGCAGAAGGAUACAUAUUCGCCAAGUUGCCGAAAUGUUAUCUGAUGCCACAACUUCAAGAUUGGAUUAUGUACAGGCAAUGUGUUACUUUUUCGGAAACCGACAAAAAAAAUUUGAUGCAAGCGACUGUUCGCAUGUGGCAAUUAUUAGAGAUGACAAAGAUGCCGAAGAUUGAGAAACCAUCAUUGCACAUGACAAAGUAUCAACUGAAAAGAUUGACCUAUAAUCAAGCCGAAGAGAUAAAGAAAAAGAUUCAAGAGGCAAGAGCGAUUUUUCACAGUAAAAUACGUAAAAUGCGCGUUUCUUAUGCUCGUACCAUGUGGAGCACUAUGGAAUUUGGAAAAUUCCCUUCUACAUCAUUUAAGAGAGCCUUCUUCACAUAUAUGGCCAGCAAGGAAGCUGAUGGAUAUGUUUAUAAACCAUGGAUGCCUUCCGAAGUUCGCGAACUAAAACGAAUUUAAUUGCUACUAAUAAUUGUUAAUUUUUGUAAUAAA